AUGGGCAGUCAUGAGACAGAACCGGCCAUGGUUUGUAAGCGGACGCAGCAUGACCUGCAGUUCGCGCAUACCGAGGACAACGUACUUGUCAAGCGCAGGCGUGACAGCAGCGAAGACCAAGUGGUCGAGAGGAGGGAGCAGGCGACGUAUAUGAAGCAGAUACAAGGGUUGGAGAUGCAAGUCAUGACACUCACCGCCCAGAACAAGGAACUGGUGGCGUGCAUGAAGACAAUGCUGGAAAACCAGGAAAGGCAGCAGCAGAAACUGGACGAGAUGGGGCGGCAGCAGGGAUUCCUGAUCACGCAGACGAUGAGCUUGCGCCAGGGCUUCAUGGACAGGGAGGAUAGGGUCGUGGAAGCCAUCACACGCCCUACCGGUGAUUUCAUCAAAGCCGUGCGCCGAGCGGCUGCUCCCGUUCGAACGAAGCAGAGGAAGCCGCCCAACCCGGCGGAUUUCCCCGAGGAGCAAAACGCAACGCAGGAAGAGCUGCGCCUGGAGUGUAGGCCGCUGCCCGAAGCAAUGCAGGAGGCGCUCACGAAGCCGCACCGCACUGCACUGAACUUCACCCGCACCACGAAGACCAAGCUGACUCUCCAGACCUGGAAGAGCAUAGCCGGUCCGAUCGGCAAGGCGUUAAAGCAGUUGCGACUUGCAGACCCCGACUGCGAAAAGCCCCUGCGUUGGUCCAACGAGGGUCCACCUGUCCUGCGCUAUGUUUGGUCGCAGGACGAGCUUGAGAAGUACCUGCCACAGGUGCUUGACCAGAAAGUUACCAGUGCAAAAGCCAAGACACCCGAGACGUGGAGGCAGACAAUCGAGCGCAAGUGCCGAGAAGACCUGGAUCCCAUCACGUGGCCAUGGCCCAGUGGCAGCGGCAACCACUUCUUCCCAGUUGACACAUGA